GCCAACAGUCGACCAAAACGGUUCGUCACAAAACAAUCGAAAAAAUACCGCUCGGGUUAAAGCGGUCUACGAUCGCGGAAGCUGGAAGCUCCAAUUACACGGUGUUCUGCAGCUGUGAUCUUGCUGUGAAAGAAGUGAUCGCACCGCGGAAGAAGCGUUUUCGUCGCCGUUGCUGCACCGGCUCAAGGAUCUUCCACACAACGGUUGGUGCCGCCGCGAAGAAGAUCGUAUAACAGAUCACCCCGGCGAUCAGAUCGGAAGACAUCUCAGGAAUCUGAUCAAUCACGUGUCGCAGGUGAUCGCGAUCGGAAGUGUGUGUUUUGCCAAGUUUCGUGAGAAUUGCUAAUUGGUUUUCGGGGUAAAAGUGUUCGGUUGGAAAAGGGCGCGAAAUGAUCUUUUGAGCACAAGAUCGCGGCACAGUAUGAAAGUAGUUAAGCUGACUCGCGGUGAUCGUCGUGGUUCAGUUGAGCUUAAUCCGUUUGCAAAGUCAGGUCCAGAAUGAUGAAAGUGCUGACGGCGACGGCGAGUGUGCUGGUUGUGUUGGCAGUGUUGCCAGCGAUCACCAACAGUGAUCCGCUGCGCAGGAAAAGAGACAGUGAGGGUGAAGUGAGCACGGUUGGGACCGUCCUGCUGGACAAACUGCUCACCACUACCGAUUGGGACAACACGCUGGAGGACGAUGAAGGAAGUGGGACGAUCACGACCACGGUCGAUCCUGUCGGGUCGUCGGAUGAUAGUGUUGGCAUCAGUACGGUGAUCGUGGAGAGCAAACACUUUGGGACGAAGAAUUACACCUUUCUCGAGCCGAACCACAUCCCGAUCAGUGACUUUCUCGAUAUGGACGAGGACAUGGAUCUGGAGUUGCUGUUUACGGAGGUGGUGAAUGCCGAUUUUCAGCAGGGCGGUGGCACCAGCCCAGCGCAGAACAUCAUGCUCCAAAUCGAGGACUACGACGACGAGGGAAACACCCAGAGCUAUUUUCUACAUUCAUCGCCGCAUUCCGAGGAAACACACGGUAAUGGAACGACGGCACAAUCCGACCGGUUCACCUCACCAGACGUGUCCUCACGAGUUUCAGGCUUCUUCCGGGAUGUCCUCCAGCGGCUUGGCGUGUACAAGUACAUCGUCGACUACCAAAACGAGCAGAACCAAGGCGGCGGACAGGGUGGAGGUGGUUCCAAGGUUCCACAUAGAUUCCAUCCGCACCUAAUCAACACCCCCAAGGGUCUCCGGAACAUUCCGGCGCACUUUGGCGAUCAAUUUCAGCCAUCGGAGACCACUCCGGGCUCACCGUCGUUGACGUCGUCGAGCAAACGGCCCCGGCCUGGCGCAGUUCCGCCCAGGUCCUCGAUCGGGAACUUGUUCAACCAGUUCAAGCAACGGAUCAAGGCCAUCUACCCCGGGACGGUCUGGUGCGGCGAUGGCAACCAGGCUAAAAGUGAGAACGACAUCGGAUUUUUCCACCUGACGGACACGUGCUGCCGAGCCCACGAUCUGUGCCCGGUCUCGAUCGCCGCCGGAGAGCAAUUCAACCGACUGAAAAAUAAUGGCUAUUUUACCAGAUCUCACUGUGACUGUGAUAAAGCGUUCUACAACUGUCUCAAGAACGCCGACACGCUGGUUUCGAACCAGAUCGGAUACACCUACUUCAAUCUACUUAAGCCGCAGUGUUUCCGCCACGAGUAUCCCAAAGUUGCUUGUACCAAAAAAAGCAAAGGCAAAUGCCUAACCUACGUGGUUGACGAAACCAAGGACAAACUGUGGCAGUGGUUUGACAAUCUAAUUUACUAGUCCCCGAAAAAAAGGCUCAAACUAUUGAAAAGCAAAACAAACCCGCAGUAUACGAACCCAAGUUCAAAUCCGCACACACACCGCGUAGCGUCGUCCAAAGACCGUUUGAAAAACAAACACACUAUUUAUUGCUAAUAAGUUUUAAAAUAUACCAAACUACUUUUUUUUGCGAAACUGAAAAAGUCUAAAAAACAAGUGAUGCCAAAAUCGAAAGUCCGAAACCGCGUAACGCAAAAGCUUUUGUAACGACAAGUGUGAUAUAAGAAGGAGUCAGA